AUGGCCCCUAGAACCCGCUCCAAGAUAACAUGGCACCAGCUCAGCAUCGUGGACACAAAGCGCAGGGUAGGAGACCCUUAUUCCUGGAUCCUAAUCCUGGGCGAAGAAGUGAGUAUGCUAAAUUUCAGAUUCUGGCACAUCACCAGUAAUCCAGGCGGGUAUAGCGUUAGGUACAUAGAAGCACCCAUGGACGCGUGUUUCAUCACGCGGUUCUUCGGCGCUGUACACCCUGUAUGUCGUGUUCCUGGGACAUGUAUGCAUCAGUUUUGUAUUGCUGUUGAUAGGGCGACUGAGCAGGAUUGCCGUCGCUGGGUUAGUGCGUUGCUGCUGGAUUUGGUUGAGUGGCAGUGGGUUUCGAGCGUGAAGGCUGAGAGGUUGCAAAGGGAGAUUGUGCCUGGGCCGUUGGAGCCUGGUGAUGGGAAUGGGAGUGUUCAAGCGAGUUAUGAUAGUUAUCUAAGUGUGGAAUGGGAGGAUUGUUUGUAA